AUGGGCAGCCAAAACCAAAGUGUAGUGACAGAAUUCAUCUUUGAAGGCCUGUCCUCCCAGCCAAGGACAGAGACUGUUCUUUCCAUAGUGUUCCUGGUUUUUUAUCUGUUCACCCUCGCUGGGAACGCCUUGGUCAUUAUAGUGAUCAGAGUUGAUUGCCAGUUGCAGUCACCCAUGUACUUUUUCCUUGCCAACCUGUCCUUCUUAGAUAUCUGCUACAUCUCCUGCAAUGUCUCCCAGAUGCUGGUGAACCUCUUGACCAAGAAGAGGACCAUCUCCUUCUCUGGAUGUGCUGUUCAGAUGUAUUUCUCCUUGGCUUUUGGCAUGACAGAGUGUUUUCUGCUCGGGUUCAUGGCCUAUGACCGAUACCUGGCAAUAUGUCAGCCCUUGCUCUACACCACCCUCAUGACCAGGAGGGUUUGCAUUCACAUGGUCCUGGCUUCCUGGACCAGCAGCCUGCUGAGCUCCAUGGUCAUCAACACCCUCAUCUUCCGGCUGCCUUUCUGUGGACCAGACACCUUGAACCACUACUUCUGUGAAGUGCCAGCAGUGCUGGCCUUGGCCUGUGCUGACACUGCCCUCACGGAGUUGGUCAUCUUCAUCUUCAGCAUCCUCAUUGUCUUCAUCCCCUUCCUUCUGAUCAUCACCUCCUACGCCCGCAUCCUCUCGGCCGUCCUGAAGAUGCAACCUGCACACGUGCAAUCCAAGGCCUUCUCCACCUCUGGAUCCCACCUGAUGGUGGUCACCCUAUUCUACGGGACAGCCAUCUGCAUGUACAUGAAUCCCAAGGCAAGGACUCCACACGACAGGGACAAAGUGGUUGCAGUGUUUUACACCAUCGUGGCCCCGAUGCUGAACCCCCUCAUCUACAGCCUCAGGAACAAGGACAUGAAGUGUGCCCUGAGAAGGGCAAUGAAUAGACCCACAUCCCUCUUUCCAUAA